AUGCCUCCUUUUUUCAGAUUAAGAAAGUACAGUCGUUGAGAUCACUGUAAAUUGCCAUUUUGCCGAAACAUGUCUUUUCGAGUUGUUCGACAGUCGAAAUUUCGACACGUUUUCGGCUCGAAUUUGAAACGUGAACAGUGCUAUGAUAACAUCAGGGUUUCCAAAGCGUCCUGGGACUCGACGUUCUGCAGCGUAAACCCAAAGUUUCUGGCAAUUAUCGUCGAGUCAGGAGGAGGCGGAGCUUUCCUGGUUCUUCCACAUUCAAAGAGCGGAAGAAUUGCCCCUGAUCACCCCCUCGUGGCCGGUCACAAGGGUCCUGUCCUGGAUGUUGCCUUCUGUCCUCACAACGAUAAUGUUAUUGCGUCAGGGAGUGAAGACUGCUGCGUCAAAGUUUGGCAGAUUCCAGAUGGAGGACUCACAAGGACAAUGACCGAGUGUGUAGUUGAGCUGGUAAACCAUCAGAGACGAGUUGGUCUGGUGAUCUGGCAUCCUUCAGCUCAAAAUAUACUCCUCUCAGCAGGUUCUGAUAACAAGGUGUGUAUCUGGAAUGUAGGAACUGGGGAGUGUCUUCUAAACUUCAUGCUACCAGAGCUUGUACUGAGUGGGUGCUGGAACUGGGACGGAUCUGAAGUUCUAUUUACUUGCAAGGAUAAAACUAUCAGAAGAGUAGAUCCAAGGACUGGCGAAGUAGAGGAGGAGGCUAUUGCCCAUGAAGGCAGCAAGGGAGCUCGAGCUAUUUAUCUGAAAAACGGCCUUGUCUUUACAACAGGAUUUACAAAACACAGUGAGCGUCAGUACAGUUUACGGGCACCAGGACACCUGGACGAUCCUAUAGUAAUGGUUGAACUGGAUACAUCUAACGGAGUAAUGUUCCCUAUCUAUGAUCCUGAUACUAACCUUGUAUACCUCUGCGGAAAGGGAGACAGUGUGAUACGGUACUUUGAAAUUACUCCAGAGCCUCCCUUUGUUCAUUAUAUUAAUACCUUUCAGACCCCAGAUCCACAGAGAGGAGUAGGAUUUAUGCCAAAACGAGGCUGUGAUGUUUCUGUUUGUGAGAUCAGUAGAUUCUAUAGGUUGAACAACAAUGGUUUCUGUCAAGUUAUUCCGUUCAAAGUUCCCAGAAAAUCAGAACUUUUCCAAGAAGAUCUAUAUCCAGAUACACAGGCUGAGUUACCCGCCCUAACAGCUGAUGAGUGGUGGGUGCAAAGAAAGAAUGCGGAUCCAGUAUUAACUCCAAUGAGUGAAGCAGGGAUCCAAUCCUCCCAGGCUGAAGAACUAGUUGUAAAUAAGAAGCCGAAUAUCUUGAAUAGACCAGUUGCAGGCGGCGGAUCCUCUGGAGCUCCGGCCGCAGCCUCCGCCGCUGUGGCGGAGGUUGACCUCAAGAAGAUUACGAUGACUGUAAUGGAAGAGUGUAGCCGACAAAUAGCUGAAGCUACCGGCAAACAAAAGGAAAAGAUUGAUGAACUGAACUCUGAAAUAAGAAAACUAAAGGCUAUGAUUGUGAAACACGAGACAAGGAUACGAUCCUUGGAGAACAAAGCCAAGGAACAAGAGAAGCAGUUAGUUUCACAGGGUAUUCUACUGAACAACAACGGGCAUGGGGAUGAUCUGGACCCGGAUGAGGUCUAAGGAGUGCUAGAACUACCCAACUGCCUGCAAGUGCCUUCUUCCAUUACAAAUAUGUCCGUUUACAACUUUUAACUCAGUGUAGGGGUGUUUAUUGUAGGCUGUAUAUUUUUCAAAUUGUUUUUAAAGAUUGGAGUGGGGGAAGGGGGCAUCCCUUUUUCCUCACAAAAUCGGCAACAGAUUAACGCUAACAACAUAAAUGUAAUUAAUAUGUUUCUAAAUUGUUUAUUUCUGAAAGCAACUCUUGCUUUUAUCACUUUUUUUUGUUUUCUAAAAUGAUAUUUUACCCUUCUUAUAUUUCCCUACAGCGCUCUAACGUUCACAAAUCCAAAAAAAUGGUCUGAAUGUCAAUUUCGACUGAAAUACCUUUUGCAAGACAACGGACUAAGGUUACGUUACGUUACGUUACGUUACGUUACGUUACGUUACGUUACGUUACGUUACGUUACGUUACGUUACCAUUUGUGAAUUUAUCCUCCCUUCUUCAGUUCCCAAGUGCCAUUAAUAUAUUUAGUUUUCCACAGCUUCAUCUUUGGUAAACUGGUUUCAAGCAAUUUGAAAUAUGGAAUUUGAAUUUUCUUUUUUGAUUCGAUUUAAUGGGAAGAGGGUAAAAUAUCUCUAAGUAUCGGUUGUGAACAAUAAGAUGGCCUUCAUUAUCUAAAUCACAUAUACAACUAAUUAGUUUACUAAGAUAAAACCGUCCAUAACAUUUGUUUUACUGCCAACCUCGAUAAAA